GCUGAGCAUCCCAGUUAGUUCAACCCGGUAUCUACUUACAGCGGAUGCUGACACUCAGAACUAAACUGUGUGGUGUGUUGUAGCAUGCCUGAUUGAGUGUUGGAAGUCUGUUGUUGCUUUUUGCCUACUGAUGAACAGCAUCUUUGGUGGUAAAACUGUAAAUCCGAUACUGCUGUGGUGAUGAAAGCAUCUGGAAUGGAAUACCUCGGUGGUUUGUUGUUACUGGUCCUGGCCUUUACUGUCACAGUUUCUGGAACACAAGCUAGAUGUGAGGAGCGAGAAAGCAGCGCCGUUGGAGUUUGUUUUUCCCAGCAUGCAAUGGCCUUCUCACCUUUGCUGCACAACUCGUAUUGCGACAGAAAACUGAUUACAGAACAGCUUUGCACGAAGUUUGUCUUCAUCGUGGAGUGUGUCAAUGAAAUCAGAACCUCUCCGUCGUGCAGUCGGGCCAGUCUACUUGGCUCACAGAUGAAUUUCGCUUGUAACCUGACCGACUUGCAGGAAGAAUGUGCAGACGUCCCUGAACUUGACACAGAUAAUAUUCUGACGAUGGCAUCUUCAUCUGGGAGUGGUAGUACAAUGACGGAAGUGUCAUCUGGAGAUGACAUGCUGACGAUGGAACCUUGUAAGUCUGGAUGGGUGAAUGAUGAGAUUGAAGCUCUCACUAGUUCCUAGCCUUUGAAAACAAAUUAUAUUUCAAGCUCUUUAGUUAAACUUUGUAGUAAAACAAUAUUUUUCAAUUCGUUUCCAUUUGCUUGCUGAAGACGGUAAAGCGUUUUCUUUUUUUACGAAAAGCAUGUUGCCGAAAGUCAAAUACACUUACUAUUUAUGUUGAUACACAACACACGACCAACCUUUCAACAUUUAGAAAUCUGAUUAGCGGCAUGUCAUUGCACCUUUCUUUCCUUUCUUCCUUUCAAAACAUCAACACUAAGAUUGUUAAUAAAAUUCUGCUGAAAGUUUGUCCCCAACAAAGCAGUUGAAGGGAGUGAGGAGAGAGAGAGGUGUUUGGGGUUCGGUCCCAACUCACGGGAGUGUGACAAACACCGUGUAGCGGUCAAUGACUGGACUGAAGUCUUGACUGUCAUCGCUAUGCUACGGAUGCUGAUGGACAGAGAGUCCCUCAGCACAGCUCAGGCAUAGACUGAUGACCUUAAAUUUCACGUAAAGCGUCUAUUUCAAGAAAAAAUACAAGCAAUAACAAAACACCAUCAGCGAAUAUUUUGUGUUAAUUU